GAGAAUCAUUCUGCCAGCUGGGCGGUUCCAAUGUUAUAAUUUUAUAAAUGUGUAGUAAUUUGUCUUGAGUUCUAUAAAAUUGUGAGAUUAAACAACAUAAUUUAAUGUGCGAGUCAGCGCUGACCGUGGCGUGUGUAUCGACUUUUACUCUAAUUAACGAGCGGUGCGACGUUCGCCGUCAUAUGGCCGAGGGCACAACAUGAAGGUGGAUGUGGAAGCUCGGGAAGCCGUUCCCGCCUGCAGCUCUCCUACUGGUAACACUGAGUCGCCUGUCGCAUAUCUUGACGACUGCGCAGUAACAGUCUCAGAGGUAAUCUCAUCACCAGAGCGGACGCUGCUCGCCAAGCUGGAGGAAGAAAACAAAAAAAUCGAGGCGGACGCCAAGAACCCCUCGCAAAUCAAAGUACACAGCCGGAAAAGUUCGGACACAUCGCAAAUAUCAUUGACCUCAGCCUCCAGCUCAAGCCAUGAAGAGGCUAGAGGCGGUAUUAAUGGGGAGGAAGAUUUGUGGGGUCUGUGGGGUCGCCUAGUCGGGAACUGGGAGAAUGAAUGGCGUCGCCGAAACACAUUCGUACGAGAGCUGGUUCGCCAGGGCGUGCCUCACCACUUCAGAGGGAUCGUAUGGCAGCUGCUAGCUGGAGUCGACCAAUCUGCUGACAAAAGAUUGUACGCUACGUAUAUCAGGGCAAAGUCCGCAUGUGAGAAGGUGAUCCGACGAGACAUAGCGCGCACUUACCCUGAGCAUGACUUCUUCAAAGAAAAGGACGGCCUCGGGCAGGAGUCACUCUUCAAUGUGAUGAAAGCGUACUCUCUUCACGACAGGGAGGUUGGCUACUGCCAGGGAUCCGGAUUCAUUGUCGGGCUAUUGCUCAUGCAGAUGCCAGAGGAAGAAGCUUUUGCUGUCCUGUUAACGAUCAUGCAGCACCACAGAAUGCGGGACAUGUUCAAGCCGAGCAUGGCAGAGCUGGGCCUCUGCAUGUUCCAACUGGAAAACCUAGUGCAGGAGCUGAUACCUGAACUACACGUCCACUUCCAAUCACAGUGCUUUAACACCUCUAUAUACGCCAGUAGCUGGUUUCUGACGCUGUUCGCGACGACCCUGUCACUUCCUCUUGCGUGUCGCAUAAUGGACGUAUUCCUAUCUGAGGGGAUCGAGAUUGUAUUCAAAGUUGCCCUCGCUUUGCUCACAUUGGGCAAGGACGAGAUAUUGUCCCGCGAUAUGGAAAAUAUACUCAUAUUCAUGCAAAAGGAACUUCCAUCGAAGGCCGAAGCAGAUCAGGACGCGUUCAUGAACAUCGCUUACUCCAUCAAAGUAAAUCCCAAGAAAAUGAAGAAGUUAGAAAAAGAGUACACGGUCAUAAAGACUAAGGAACAAAGUGACAUUGCUGUGCUUAGGUGUUUGCGCCAAGAGAACCGUCUGCUGAAGCAAAGGGUGGAACUCCUGGAGAAGGAGAGCUCUUCUUUAGCGGAGAGACUGGUGCAAGGUCAAGUGGACAGGGCGGAGGGAGAAGAGGAGACAUUCGCCUUAGCGCGCGAUGUUCACACCUUGAGGCGCGAAAACAUGGACAUCAAGCAACGGCUGGCCGUUGCACAGGACGAAAUACGUAGCUUAGAGAUGACUUUAGCCGAGAACAAUUCGCGGCAGUCCUCGCUAGAGGGCACAGAGGGCAACUCCGCGAAGGACGAAGAGCUGGCGCGUUGUUUGCAGCGCGAGCUGGUCCGUGCACGACUCGACGCGGCGGAGCGACAGGCCGCCGAGCGAGAGCUCAACGCGAGGAUCGCCGAGUUGGAGAACGAGAACAAGAUACUGAGGAAGCAGGGCGUGGAUAACAACGUCGCUCACUUGCAGGACGAGUUGAUCGCCGUUAAACUACGCGACGCUGAGACGAACCUUUCUCUGAAGGAUUUGAGAGUGCGGGUCGCGGAGUUGUCAGAAGCUUGGCAAAAACAUUUGCAAGAGCAGCUACAAGACUCACCGCCAACGCCAGCGCAGUCCAACGUGGUCUCCGAUAUAAUGGCGACUCCGAAGAAACUUCUAAGGGCCUGGGAAGGAAAGUCCACUGACAUGCACAAAUUGGAAGAAGAAUUGAUGACCGUUAAAAUUAAAGAAGUUGAGGCGCUGACUGAAUUGAAAGAGCUUAGACUUAUGGAAAUGGAGCUUCGCACCCAGGUACAAGUAUCGACGAAUCAACUGAAACGUCAGGACGACGAGCUGAGGAAGAUGCGUGAGUCGCUGGAUGCCGCUCUACUACGCGAGCGGGCACUGCAAGCUCGCCAGAGGGAGUUCCAACAUAAAUACACCGACCUAGAGAGCAAGGCUAAAUAUGAAUCCAUGCAAGCCAACAUUAGAAAUAUGGAGGUCGCGCAGAGAAUAGCGGAACUGGAGAAUGAAGUUUCUGAGUAUAAAAUGAAAACCGAAGUGAUGGCAACGGAGGGUGAACUUCGAUGCAAUAAUAUGGACGACUCGGACCGAGUUCGUGAAUAUCAGGAACAAGUGGCGGAACUCAAGGCCGAGAUAGUAAAACGUUUAGUAUCUGACGCUGUUCUGAGGUUAGAGUCGUGGAAAGCGCGUAUGCUGGGACGUACGCUAGCCCGCCCCGUCUCCGUCAGGGAGAACCUCGACGAUGAUGACAAAUUGAGUUUAGCCCGCCGUAAAGAAUCUUCAACGUCCAACGAUCUCACUUCACGUCAAGACUAAAUAGCACGUACUUAUUUUUUGUAUAUUAUCUUAAUCAUAAGAUAUACUGUCUUAUAUCUUAUGAUAUACUGAUAUACUGUCAUAUAUCUUAUGAUAUACUGAUAUACUGUCAUAUAUCUUAUGAUAUACUGUCAUAUACUGUCAUAUAUCUUAUGAUUAAGAUGAUCCAAUCUAUAGAGUCUUAUGAUAUAGAUCUAAUCGCAAAUGUAGCACGCGCCGAACGCAUACAGAAAAAUUAACUGAUAUUGUAAAUAAGCUGUUUUGGUAUUAUGUAUUUCUACAUAUUUUAUUUGUGACAGUUCAAUAGAGAGUCCUGUAAAGUGCUUACGACUCGUGCUGUAUUAUGCGAUAAAAUCGAUAGUAUUGAACCAUUUUUUGUUAUUUAAUAAGUUCUAUUACUGUUCUUCACGCACAACGCCAUUAUGUUGAUGUAAAGUGAAGGUAACAUAGUAAACGCGUGUUUAUUGUUUAGUAUUUGCAUAUGUUUAUAACUCCUAAAGGGGUUCGGAGAUUGCUGGGCGGUGGCCUAUGACCAUACUCAUUUUUUUCAGAAAUUUCUGUCUCACAUUGAGACCUCUAUAAAUCGUUAGAGAAUACCCACAAGAUCAUUAAAUUUUAUAAAUCAUUUUGUUUAAACUUUCAAUUACUAAUAUUAACAAAGUAAUCUGUAUAAUAUAUUAUGUCAAACUAAUCAAAAUAUCAAACUAAUAUCUAUAAUGUAGAUUUCAAGUUUUAUGUAUAUGUCACCGUGAAAUUGUGAAUACCGUUAGUUUAUAAUCUAUCUCGCGAGAUUGUGAACUGUCGAUAGAUUGUGAACUCCAUACAUAGUCCUAAGAACCGAAACUUGAGUGGCUCAGAAACCAAUAGUUAGGUUAGGAUUUUUUGUAUUCGGGAACGUACAAAUAAAAAAAAAAUUGAAUCUACUGAAUUGUAAGCACUAUUGCGGUUCACAAUCUAUCGGCAGUUCACAAUCUUGCGAUAUAGACUAUAAUGUAACGGUAUGUACAAUUUCACGGUUACAUAGAUAUCUAUUACUAAUAAUAAACUUACUUUUCUCCUGGGAGUUGUUUAACAAAGUAACCUUAUAUUUUUUCUUCUUCUGAUCUUCUGUGUAUACUCUUUCGAUUUAAAUAGGUCUCAAACUGAGACAUAAUUUUCGUAAAUGUACAAAAUGGCAGCCGGUUAUAGGUCACCAAUUUUGGGACCCCUUUAAAGGUCUGUUGAUACUUAAAAACUUACAUUUAGUGAAUAUGUUUUUCUUUUUUCAUAAUUAGAAAUUAGAAGCGAUGAAUUUUGCUUGUAAUUUCUAAAAUGAUUUGUUUUAGAUUAAAAUUUUCUUGAGAUUAAGAUUAAACUUGAAGCUAUUUCUGCGUACUGUAAUUAUUAUCAAGACGCAGGAAAAUCGGAAGCGGUUCGGAAUAAACAAGGACUGUGUUAUUAGAUAGUAACACAUAGAAAUAAAGUAUUUUUGUAUACCAUACAGUGAAUAAGGCCCAUUUUCAAUAUUGCAUUGUUUUAUGUACAACCUGAGGGUGUUUAAUUUCCCAUUACUUUCAAAAACUGUUAUAUUCAAUUGUAUUUACCAUUGUCUAAUACCAUACACCAAAACGUUAACUAUACACAAAUGUAUAAACAAAACGAAUUUUAAAUUUAAGGGAUUUGUGUCAAUUUCAGCACAAAUAUAUAUAUAUAUAACAUAGAUCCGCAACUUGAACUAUACUAGUGUCAUGACACGCGAUAAUUAUAAGUAGAACAAAGGGAUUGGGUUUGUUCCACUUUUAAUUAAUUACGUUCCUUUUUUAUGACUAGAUAUUUAACAAACACAACCUAAUCAAGAUGGGUUCAUUAUUUUGUAAGUUUUCAAUGUGGCAUCCACAUUUAAUUUGAAAUCCACUAGUAAAAGGGUCCGGAGAUUAGUGUCCUAUCAGUCACCAUAUUGUGUAUUUUAAAAAAUUAUAUUUAGAGACAAUAAGUCAUUUUUUUGCUUAAAAUCCCAGUCUUUUUGACAUUAAACAUAACCUACACAUUAAUAACCUAAUGUACUUUAUAUUAUAUAACUUUAUCAACACUCACUGACUAUUAAUUAACCUAUAAUUUUCAUAACUCAUACUUCCAACUAAUAAUAGUUUAUUAAUACAUAGAUAAUGAAAUUUUUAAUGACUAAAUAAAUUUAACGAUACUUGUAAUAAUAAACAAUAACUAAAUUAAAUGCAAACAAAAUCCGUCCUAUCAUUGUUUUCUGCAUAAUUUUCGGUCUCACAGUAUAUUUUAAUACCGCUCUAAAAUAAAUCAUAUUUUUUUCUCUUGUAAAUCUUUACGACAAAAUGACUUAGUAUAUUUUAUGAUUGCCGGCAUAUUUUCGAGUGCAUUGAAUAAAAACGUUCAAUCAUAGGUCACUUAUCUCCAAAACCAUAGAUUUCAAAUUAUAUAUAGUAUGCGUCACCUUAAAAUUGUAAAUACCGUUAGUUUAUAAUCUAUAUCGUGAGAUUGUGAACUGUCGAUAGAUUGUGAACUCCAUACAUACUCCUAAUAACCGGAACUUGAGUGGCUCAGAAACCAAUGGUUAGGUUAAUUUAGGUUAGGUAUUUUUCAUUUAAAUAAAAAAUGCUUACAAUCUACCUAAUAAUAACACGUUAAAUUGUAAGCAAUGUGUUGCGGUUUACAAUCUAUCGACAGUAUUCACAAUCUCGAGAGAUAGAUUAUUAUAUAACGGUAUUUACAAUUUUACGGUGAAUAUAUUGAAAACUUCAAAUUUAAUGAGAUUAUUUUUUGUUUUUAUAUUUAUAAAUCUAGUGAAUGACAAAGGAUUUUCUAGCCAUGCGUUUUUUUCAUUCAGUAAUGAAUAUGUACAAUGUAUGGUAUUUUCUUAACUCGAGACUGGCAAUUUAAACUAAAUAUUUUAACGUAUGAGUGACUAAUAUUAUAAGCAGUAGAUAAAGAUGCUUUGGUAGCUAAAAUAUUUUUUUUUUUAUAAAUUGCAAAUAUAUUAUUUCUGUACCUGUUCUAUGUUUCUUUAAAAAAGAUUAGUUUAUUGACGAUGCGUAAUGCACCUACCGUAUUACGUACUAUAGGUCACUAUCGACGAUAGUGACUGCGUUAGCAUGAAUAUGUCCAUCGAUCUAUUGCUACCUUUUAUUGUUUUAUUAUCUGGAACUUUCGUAUAUUAAGACUAAAUAUUUUGAAUAUACACGUUUUAGAAGUUUUGUUUAAUCAACCGCUAAAAUGGAGGGGAUAUAAAGGCUGACUUUAAAAUAUCUAUAUCCUUAAAUCUCUAGUAUUAAGAUUAGAAUGUACCACAGAAACUCUAUACAUAUAUCAUCCUUUAUGUUGCCUUAGGAUUUGACUGGCUCAUCGUCUAAUUGUAAAUUGAUAUUUACGAUUUAGGAGUUUAAAUUUCCUUACUUAGAAUUUACAUUUACACUUUAUUAUGGAGUUUUAUUAGCUGGUGAAAAUGGUGAACAUUUGGCUGUAUUGUUUUUUUUAUAGUUUAUUCUUUUAUUUUUCUUUCUUUUUUGGUUAUUAACAACUUUACUUAGUUUUUUAAGUGUUUCUCCUGGUAUUCGAUCGAGGUUAUCAUUACCGUGACGUAGUUAUGGUAUUAAGUCUCGUAUUCAGUUACAAAGAAGUUUAGUUUAGUUCAAGCUACAUGCAUUAUAAGAAUUCAAAACAAAUGGAAUCUGGUAGUUUAGGCACGCGUUUUGUUUUUAUAACGUCAUACAUGAUCAACAAAUUUUUGUAAGGGCAUACGUGAUCUGAAUUACUAUAGCUAAUAUAUAAUAUAAUAAUAAAUAGAUAUAGUAAGUACUUAGAUUAGUCAAAAAGUAUUUGACCAUUCUAAAAUUUUAGUUUUGCCAAUUGUGCAUAACUUGUUAAACAGGAGAUGGUCAAAAAAUAUAUACUCGUAUAGCAUAUAAACGGUCUCCAAUUUUGACAUGGGCCAAAUGAAGUAAAUGAUAUUUGUAGUAUGUAUCACAAUAACUUGGGAUUGCAUUAUUGUAUUUUACGUGUUCUUUAGUUCGAUUGCUUUAUGAUAACCUAUUUUUUUUUUUUUUGUAUAAACUGGCCUGAAAUGGAGCAUCUCCUUUUUGUACGAUCACAUCAAUGUUUAGAUGAUUGACAACUUACGCUGUAGACAUACUAAGGUUUAUGUUAACUUUUCCACGUCCAUUUUUUAAUACAAUAUUGGAUACAUUAGAUUUAUACUUACAUAUGACUUCACUUCCGCCGUAUAAAAGGGCCAAACUAUAAGGAGUUAUUGAAGGUAUAAAAAAGAACUCAGUAUCUAACUUAAAAUAUUUGUGUCAAUUAGAAGCGUACGUGCAAUAUUAUAAUUACGUAUAAAAUAAAACGCUUAUAAAAUAAAAUUUAUUUAACGAAUUAAUAAAAUCCCUAUUUUAACUUAGCGCCAAUUAACUUUGUAAGUUAUUUAUUGAAAACAGUCUCUAUUUUUUCUAUUUAACUAAUUUUAAGUUUAUGAAAAUAAGCGUUACACCUACAACAGUACUACCCUAGUACUUUAAUAGUACUACUACCUAUAUAGGUUUACUACUAUUUGGACAUUAAAUAAUAAUAAUUAGUAGAUUUUAUUUGGCAGCUAUUCUUUUAUUUAUAUACAUAUAUAUAAAGAAAAAUUUAUCAUUUGUUUUACUUUCAUAGGAAUAUUGUUCUUGUAUAUCCUUUUGAAGAUUGGUUUAUUAUAUGUACCAACGUAAUGUAAAAAUUUAAUAUAUCAAUAUUAUUUAGUUCUUAAAGAAAUCACAACUUAAAAUAAGGGCGAAAAAUCAAAUAAAUUUUAUUUUAUUAGGCUUUUUAUAGUGUGUAAUUUAAAAAAAUAAAGUUAGUCUGUUUACUA